ACCUUUGCGCAGCUGGCCCCUUGUUUGUGCCGUAAAUCCGCGCGAAUAAGCGAUGCCCUGCAGCUCCUCGGUUAACAGAGGAUGAACUUCAAACAAUCUGAGGCUUGUGAGACUUUUGAGGGAAGCUUCACUCUCAUAUCAUGGUCUAAGAGAACUUCCGUAGGUGUUUCAGCUUGGACCAUCAAGAUCCAAUCCGACGAUGUGGUCCGCAACAUGGCUCCCCUGCUGCUACUUGUCAAUAUGACCGACCCAUUCUCCGCCAUUUCAGCCAUUUUAGUCCAAGAAAAGCUUCGCCAUCACACUGCUCCAACUCACCCAUGGAUGGAUGAAGUGAUGCUUGCGGUUCAUCGUAACUAUCAUAAACAUAGCCAUGGGUAUGACGGCGCUGUUUCCCUGAAUCGCAUGCACACCUAUCAAUAAGUCAUGGGAGUCAUUGAAGCCCAAAAAGUGCUGGGAGCCUCACGUAACGGUACACUACAACAUUUUCUCGGCCUCCUAUUCGGUGUUGAUGGAUAUUCCCCUGGCCCUUGUCG